UUCUUAGUUUGCAGAGGACGAAAUUGGGAGUGUUCUCUAUUAUGUUGAUCAAGUUUGAAUCUCCACCCGGUUGGGGUGACAGCAGACAAAUACGAAUCUAAACCCAUCUGGCCAUGGCUGCCACGAGUGUGUUUAUCGUGAAAGAGUCGGGGGGUACAUAUGCCUUGAAUGGGCCACCCCACUUUAGCGAGUGGGAUGGACUCCAGAAGGAUUUACAAGAGGCACGAUUCACAAGUGUUUCUUCGAACGGGAACCUCGUGGCGAUUGGAAACAACUCAGAGGUGAAUAUUUAUGACGCCCGAGAUGGCAGUAGCAAAGCUGUCAUUGCUAAAAGGAUGUUGGGCGCGACCUUUUCCCCUUGUGGGGGGUAUUUGAUCGAAUGGAACAAUCCAAGCCAAAGUUCUGACAAUUUCAAAAUUUGGUCGAUCGGAAAUGGGAAAGAUGUAAAAGUAGUUCAUGCCAUGAAAUUGAGCAAACAGCCAGAUACACAGUUUUCUCCAGACGAAAACUUGUUUGCCAGGCUGUCCAACAACGCCAUCAUAUUCUCAAAACUUCCCGAUUUUCAUAAAACGGACAAGAAAACACCUGAUACUAUGAAGAUUACAAAAUUCUCAUUAUCCACGGCACCACACACGCCGGAGCAAGGCCCUCUUUUUGUUUUAUGCUAUGUACCUGGUGCCCCUGGUCAGCCAUCAUUUACUCGUAUGUUUCGAUAUCCAAAUUUUGACAAUGCCAUCGCUUCUAAGACCUCCUUCCAAGCGGAUCGAGUUGAAAUGAAGUGGAACAAGAAGGGUACAGCUGUUUUACUUAUCACUUCGACCGACGUUGACAAUAGUGGUCAAUCGUAUUACGGGAAAACAAUGCUGCAUUAUUUGGAUAUUAAGGGUGAAACAGCACAAGUUCACACGGAAUCGGAUUCUGCUAUCAUUCAUUGUGCUGAAUGGAGCCCAAGUUCUACCGAGUUUGCAAUUAUUACUGGGAAAAUGCCACAGACUCGGGCUGUUUUGCUUAACUCAAAAUGUGAAGUGAUUUUCGACAUGGACAUUUUAGCAAGGAAUUCGAUUUACUUUAACCCCCAGGGAAAUAUCCUUCUGUUAGGAGGCUUUGGAAAUUUAGCUCACGGCAGGAUAGAGAUCUGGGAAGUUAAGAAAUAUCGCAAAUUAAUCGCAACAUGUACUGCUCCUGCAACAACUCAAUUGGAAUGGCUAAGUGACGGUUGUCACUUUGUAACAGCGACCACAGCUCCACGCAUGCAAGUUGGGAAUGAAUUCACCGUUUGGAAUUAUAAGGGAAAAGAAGUUCAUAAAUGGAAAGCAGAGAAGCAUCUCUUUGGAGUCGUACCCUUAAAGCCUGAACCUCCCAUGCCAUUCCCAGACGAGGACUUGGAUAAGUUUAUAAAAACUCUUGGAAAUAAACCACCACCAGCAAAAGUGGAAGAACAAAAGAGAUCAUCCGUGUACGUUCCUCCUUCAAAACGUGGAAUUAUUGGAAGUGGGGGUUCAACGCCUAAAGGUGCAUUAACUACGACAAACCCUGCACAAAGUCAGUUAACUGAGAAUGAGAAGAAAGGGAGAGCAAUUAGAAAGAAACUAGAAGCCAUUGAGAAAAUAAAACAAAAUAUCAAAGACGGUCAAACGGUGGAGAAAAAUCAACAAGAAAAGCUGAAGACUGAAAAUGAAUUAUUGGAACAACUUGCUGCAUUAGGAGUUUGAUACUACUAUGAAAUUAUUUUUCAAUAUAAUACCAGAAAUUAUUGACGAAAUGAAAUUUUAUAUUUCUUGUUAAACUGUAUUCAAUGACUGAAACUCACUCAAUAAAGCUAAUUUUCAUCCAGACUAAACACCA